AUGAGUAUGAACCGUCAUCAUGGACACGUGUACAAAAAGGUAAUCGGUGCUCAACCCGAAGAUAUCUCCGAGUCCCUUUCGGUGAUGGAGAUGCCUAGGGAAAUAGGCACCAGCGUGAAUGAAGAUGGCACUGUUGAGCCGGCGAAAUAUGUUGCGAACCUUAAUACGAGGAGGGUCGUGACGUUGAGUACUCUGCUGAAGUUUUACCGAUUGAGAGAGGAUCAGGAACAGUUAAGUGUUUCUGAAUUCAAGUGUAUAGUCAACACUAGUUCGUUUUUGGACUACUUUGUGCUUGUGGAUAUGACCGAUCGUGUGUUCUAUAUUUCUAGCGCGAUUGAAAGCGAGUGGCUUCCACGAGGGUUCCGGAUUUGCUAUAUGGAUGGUGGGAAGCAUUCGAGUGAGGAAGCGCGUAGCCUGGGGGAGAUUAAAGAUGCGAGUAUGGUACUGGUGCUACCGUGGUUGAGUCCAAUAUAUAUGAAUCAGGUUUGGACUCACUAUCCGGUAUCAUGCUGGCCCCAUUUGGACCUUCUGGCUCGAAGCAGUCGACGACCUCAUGAAGAUAUAUUGAAUACCUUGUUCUCUGUACCAAGUUGCGACGUAGACGGAUUUGGGCCGUCGGAAGAGUGGCUCUUGCUUAACGGUUACGGCAAGAUACUCUUUGAGGGCACGACUCUGGCAUUUUUGUUUGAAGAGAAGCAACGGACAGCCGACCCUGACAAUGUCUCCACGGAGGUAAUUUCUGCCAGCAGUAGCACCUCAGAAAGCGGGACCGAGGAUGGGACCGAGGAUGCGGCGAUAGCCGCCGCGGAGGAAGAGGAUGUGGUGGAGACAUGGUUGUGGUUGCCAACGCGGAAGAGGUUGCAGUGGCAUGACAUCAUGGCAAAGAAUUCAUUCCGAGCGGACAUGGCAGGCUCGGAGACAUCGUCGCCUUUGGGAGCGUUCGACAACUUUGUGCGAACGCAUUAUUGUACUACGGUGAGUGCAGCGCAAGUGAUGGAGUUGGCGCGUUCUUUGAACGAGUUUCCAGAACCGGCCAUGCGAGAUUUGAACCCGCAAUGUGCGCCGUCAACACCACUCAAGGCGAACAUCGAGAUGGGGGGGGUGCAGGAGUUCUGUGUGGAUCGACGAUUGGUGCAUCGCGGUGCAGGUGAGCACUUGGCCUUCGCAGUACCGUUGGUGAGUGCGUACAAUACCCGGUUAAGUAACCUGUUGCGCGAUAUGGAACUCAUUCCAUCAUUACAUGAGCUAGCGACCAUUACAGGUUGCGUAAAUCCAGACGCCAUCCCCGGUCGCAGCGACAAGCGCUUACGAUUGCAGAAUGCGUACAACGCACUUCUUCAGGAGCUCGACCAAGUAGUUUUCGACCGUAACUGGCCACCGACUGGUCGACGCAUGGAUCCCGGAGUCAACGACCGACAAUAUCAAGCCCGAGCCUCCGCCGCCUAUCUCGCCUCAGCACUCAAUCUUACCACCGGAGAUGAUGCAGAACGCGAUGCCACGCCAUGGCAUCCACUCCUCUUCUGCUCCAUUAACCAAGCAGCCUGCCGCAAACGCAAUCUCUCACCUGAAGAUAUCUCUGCCGAACUCUUAAAAGUCCUCAACGACUUCCAGAACAACUACUUCCUAGAACCCCUACGAACACACCUCUACAGCGCACCUUACGUACUCUACAACCAUCACCUGAUAGCCCGAAUGGUCGCUUUCCAAAGACAUAUCCUGAAUCUAAGGACACGACAAAGAGUACUCUCCGCCAUGUGGCUCAGGACCAAACGUUACUGCGACGCCGCCGAGGCCAACCACGUAUCGGAAGUUAAUCAGGUAUUGGAAGUUGGUCAGAAACGACGACCAGCCACGGAAUUGCUCUACGUCAUCAACCAGUUCCUCGUGGACAAGACCGGCCUCGCAGUUCCGCAAAUGACCUACUCUCCCGAGCUUGCUCGCUAUCAACUAAUCUCCACUUGCUCGUGCCACGCCAACUCUAGCGAAGGCAAACGGCAAAAAUUCCUUCACCAUCUCUUUCAAAAAUACAUCCCAGAUUACCCCGCAGCUACGGACUUCAAAAUACCCACGGACCUCUGUCUGUGCGUCGACCCCGUCGCACUAGCCUCCUAUGUCGUUCCCGAAACCCACAAUCGAUGGAUGGGCAUGCUGGAGCAUGAAUUCCGAGAACUACAGGGACUUGAGGAAGUGAACGGAUGGAAUGACAACGAAAUGAACUACUUGGACUACAAGUUCGCUGACGUUGCCCCAGCCGAAGAGGCUGAUGUUGUCAUUACCAAGGAUCAAGAAAUUGCGGAAUUGCUGGGAGAAGAAGAAGACUUCCCAGAGUUGUUAGCUCCAUCCUUUCAGCCUGAUAAAGUUAUUCCUCAGAGGUAA